AUGACGAGCAGCAGCAGCAGUGAUAAGAACAAUUCGGUUACAUCUCCACUGCCAUCUCCGUCUGCAUUUAUACAGCGUUUGAACAGCUACUCCAAGCAUGGCUUCGAUAUCCCAGAGCAUAUCAGGGUCAAAUUCGCUCCAAUGAGCGUUCCUCGGCAUCGUAGGCUCCAAACUGCCGCUGUCGCUACCUGGGCACUCAUCCUGCCAAUAUCUCUUUCAUUGUUUUUAAUUUGCGUCUCUUUCCCCCCACUCUGGCCUCUACUCAUCCCUUAUCUCAUCUGGGCGUUUCUUUUCGAUGACGCACCCGAAAACGGUGGAAGACCGAAGCACUGGUUUAGAGAUAGCGCUGUGUGGAGAUUCUUUGCCGAAUACUAUCCAGUCUCUCAAGGCGGGUUCUUCGUUGAGGACGAGCUAUCAUCUGAAAAAGCUUACGUGUUCGGUUACCACCCUCAUGGAAUCAUUGGCAUGGGAGCACUAGCAAACUUUGCUUCGAAUGCAACAGGAUUCUCAUCGCUAUUCCCAGGUAUCACUCCACAUUUACUUACUCUCACAGCCAAUUUUCAAGUACCUUUCUAUCGAGAUCUGCUGCAAGCCAUGGGUAUAUGUAGUGUCACCAAGCGCAGUUGCGAGCAUAUUUUACGCAAAGGUCCAGGCAAUGCUAUCACAAUCGUCGUUGGUGGCGCUGCUGAGAGUUUGAACGCACACCCAGGUACUUCCGACCUUAUACUAAAAAAGAGAUUGGGUUUCAUCAAAAUUGCCAUACGAGAGGGUGCUGAUCUCGUACCUGUCUUCUCAUUUGGCGAAAAUGACAUAUACCAGCAACUAUCAACUGAAGAUGGAAGCAAUGUCCAUAAACUCCAAAAGUCCUUUCAAAGGAUAUUUGGAUUCACUCUCCCACUGUUUCAUGGAAGGGGCAUCUUUAAUUACAACCUCGGUUUGAUGCCAUACAGACAUCCGAUUGUAUCUGUCGUCGGAAGGGCUAUCCACGUCCAACAGACUGCAAACCCUUCGCAGGAAAUGAUGGAAGAUGUGCAAGCAAGGUACAUAGAUGAGUUGAUGAGAAUAUGGGACAAGUACAAAGAUGUUUACGCUGCAAAUCGUACGCGUGAACUCACUCUAGUUGAUUGA